CGACCUUACGGUUUGCUCUUGAUACCGCCUGUGUUGCCAGCAGCACGUCCCGUAACCAUUCCCCGGUUGGAAUGAGGUCCUGUUCCAGUACACAUGACGGGAUAGAUCUGGUUUCCAAGUCCCGAAACUAGUUGAUCACUAGUUUUGCAUACAGUGGGACACAUGUGAUAUCCACAUUCCGCAUCAGCGUGGGUUAUAUCAUCGCGGCUGCGGUGUGGUUUGUUUUCUUUCUUUUCCUUCUCAACUCUUUUCGCUUCUAUCAAGCGAGCUUAUUAUUGGAAACCAAUCCCAUGUUCUAAUCUUAAUCCCCGAUUCGAUCACCUCAAAUAUCUAUCCUGAGAUAUCCCUCACCUCUCAUCACCAACAAUCACAGACUACGCGAGAAGCAACAUGCUGGUCCCACUGAUGUUCUCACCCGACCUGGAGGGAGGAACCUCCAAGACAUCGGAAUCUCAGUCUGAGACAAGAUUCAAGCCUCAACUACACACUCAAAAGAAUCACAACAGUUACAAUGGGACCCGAACGUUACCAAUAGCCACUCGAGUUCGAGCUCAGCACAAGCCCAGGCCAGACUCCGAUUCACAGGCUCAGGACAAAGACAGACAGAAACGGAAAUCUAAACGCAGGUCAAAGUCCAGGAGCCAAGAAGACGAGUCUCCUCUAUACGAGAUCACCCUCUACUACCCUCACAACCGCGCCUGCACGAUAUACCGCUCCAGGGAAGACUUUUCGUCUUUGAGAACAGGCCUUUCGUCACGCUCGUCGUCCACCGCGCCGCAGCCUCUUGCCACACAGCCAUCAUACAAUAAAACCGAGGGCGAAGGAGGCCCAAAAGAAGUCGCCAAAUGGGAUUCAAUGCUAAGGAAGGCAUUAGAGAGAUUCGCAAAGAGUGGCCAUGGCCGUCACUCAGUUGAAUGGUUCUUGAGGCGGCGGUUAGGGGACUGUGAGCGGAUGGCGAGUGGAAAAGGCACAGGACUGCCGACUGGGACGACAAGACGGGUGAAGAUCAAGCAACCCAGGGACGUGGACGAUACGAAAAUAACGGAUGAAAGACCAGGAAAGCAAGGGGACAAAGUGGAUGAUAUGGGCAAAUUGGACGAAGAAGCCGCGGCCACGGAGGGAAAAUGUCUACAUGACAAGAACAAGGAGGAAGAGGACAACGUUAUAUCGAAAGAGAGUUGGACAGAUGAUGAAAUUGAGGUUGUCAAAAACGCAUCUGUCAAGGACGAGAAGCGCUAUAACAAUGGCAAACAGCCAGAUCGAGAACGAGAUGAAGCCGACGACAACGCGGACGAUAAUUCGAGAGCAGCAAGACUCAAGGGGAGACCGUUUACAGAGGUAGUGAUUGGUCUGGACUCGAUCCCGGUGUGUCCUUUCAAGCCUAUCCCCGACCUUGGCAAACUUGAAGGAUCGUCCCUGGCCCAAAGGAGGAAAAACAGGCAAAAGAUCGAGAAUACAGGACGCGCGGACCAGAAGACAGUACACGGCGCUGAGGAAAUCCUUCAAAAGAACAUUGAUGAUGCUGAUGCCUCAACAUCGGACUCGGCCUUGGAGGUCGAGACAAAGGAGGAGUCAUCAUCCGACGGCACAACAGUGCUUACACCAACAUCAACUAGCGCUGGUGAGAUGUCGCCGGGCGAUCCACCUCCCAACCCGGCUCUCAUGUACAAGCUGAUGUUCUCCCGAAGAGCCUCAGAUUCGGACUGGGGUCAGAAAAUCCUCAGUCUUCACGAACACAAUGACUCUGGCGCCAACACACUCUGAUGAGAGCAUAGACAUGAUUUGAUUAGGAGCGGAACGGAGGGCAAGGAAGGGGCAACACUUGAAAUGCAGAGGCGGCUAUAGUUAAUCCAGUUGCUACCCCAA